UAACUGUGGGACGCUGAGGCACGUGUAAGUGACGUGUGCUCCAUGUGAUGAGAGGGGGCAGAGAGUCCAGACCUGUCCUCCUUUGCUUGUCACCUCCUCAGGCCAGACACCAGCCCGUGAGCCACCUGAAGUCAUGAAGCGCUUUUUGCUAACUUUGGCUGUGCUGCUGCUCUUGUCCUGGGUCAUUCCAGGCAGCACUGAAAAAUGCUGGAAUCUUCAUGGCUCCUGCCGUGAGAAAUGCAUCAAGAAUGAAAAGGUUUACGUUUUCUGCAUGAGUGGUAAACUGUGCUGCGUGAAGCCCAAGUUUCAGCCAAAGUCGUUACAGUCGAAAAAAAACAGUCCUAAAAUUUGCACGGAACCACAAAAGAUCCUGAAUAUCCAGAGCAAUCCUGAGAAAGAACAAAGCUGGAAGCAUCACACUUCCUGA